AUGGCUUCCGUCGCUGAGGCUGAGUCUGAUGGCUCCGAACUGGCAUUAGACUUCAAGGACGGAGACGUUUCAGUCCUAUGCAAGCAAAGUCCAGUGCUGGAGAUGUCCUUUCAAAGAGGUUUCUUGGUCACUCAGGCUUACUUUGUCCGUGCCUUGGCUACUUGCAUCGACGAAGGUGUUGAUGAGCACAUGAAACUUUUGUACGAGGCGCAGUUUGACCCAGUGGCGAUUGGCAACUUCGCUCGGUGGGCCGUCUAUGAUGGAAACGGUGCACCGGCUGAAACCACAUCCGAUGUGCAGAAGUUUGCUACAGCAUGGCUUUCCCGAGAGAUACGAGUAGUGCAGCCUGACCAGAUAGAUAGCGAUGACACGGAGUUGCUCCUGGCAAAGGCUAGUGGAGACACUUCUAGCGAGGAGUAUUUCCGUGGUUUAUGA